AUGUCCACUCAGAGCCAUGCCCAUAGUGCUGGCGGGAGCAGUGCUGAUGCAGAUGAUGCCGUUCGAACGCUGGGCGAUGUUAUGAGAGCAGGACCGACCGGGUUCCCGGACGUCGUUGUCAUCGAUCAGACACACGAAGAGAACAAACGGAAAGAUGAUCCUAGCCCUAGCGAAGAUUUGUGGCUCAGUUCAGCAGACGGUCGAUACAGUUCGACCAUCGUCCCCUUGCGAGUUGGACGAGCGCCGAAUCAAGAGAUUUUCCAUGUACACAGAAAUAUCUUGCUAGCGACGGAAUAUUUCCGAAAAGCCCUUUGCGGAGAUUUCAGAGAAGCUGAGGCCCAAUCCAUGGACUUUCCAGAAGAGGAUCCGGCCAUUUUCCACUUUCUCGUCGCCUUUCUCUACCAAAGAAGCUUUAUUCCUAUCAAGCCAGCAGCGUCAGCACUGGCUGUCGAGGCAUCAGAACGAGGGAAAGCACAAGACUCUGGCUACCGAAGCGAAUCGGAGUCGGAGGUGUCAUCGUCGGAGGCCAGUGAGGCCAGUGCCAGAAGUCGAAUCCGGGCGCAGAGGCGGCAACGGCGGCGGGAGCGGCAAUGGGACCGCAUGAACCGGAAACAGCCAGGUACACACCGCCCAGAUUGCAGAUGUCCGCGCUGCACCACAACCAUCGGCCCGCCAUGCUGGAACUGUGGCGUUGGUCGCGCAAGGCCGAUUCCGGGCCACCUUCCGCCGCACAUCAUCAACCCUAUGCCACCAGUGCGGCCCCUAGGUUUACAGCCACACAGCCGACGCCGUAGCCGACAGCAAGUCAUCACACCGCCAGAGUCAACGCCCUCGGUCGGUUUACCAGUCUCUGCCAACGACGAGUAUGCGGAUGGCGACCGUAUACGAGGCCAAGACAUGCGGACUUUUCUGCUCACAUACGAGCUAAGUCUAGAGGUAUACAUUGUUGCCAAUAAAUUCCUCAUGGAUGACUUCAAAACUGCGAUCCAGCGUCACUGCAUCGACAUGCUCGAAUCCGCCGGACCUGAUGCAGCACAGUCGAUUGUGUUGCAACUUUGUUCGAAGCUCUACGCCGGCGUCCCUGAAUCUGACCCAUUAUUGAGGAUGAUCUUUGCGCGCGUUGGCUUCUUACAGCCUCUGCUCUGGCAACGAGCGCCGCAGUUCACGUCGGAAUUUCUGAUUGGGCAUCCAGAAGUUGCGGCUCUUAUGCUCCGCGAGACAGCCAUUCGAAGAGAGGAGGAUCUAGGCAGUAGGGCGCUACCGUCCAUGGAACGGGCGACGCACCCUCACGUCAUGCCUAUGUGGCCGGUUGCGCCGCCUAUGCAUCCUCAUAUGCGGCCUCCGCCGCCUCCGCCGCCGCAUCAUUGGCAUCCAGGACCGUUUGGUGUUUAA